ACUAAAUGUCGAUGAUGUUUCACAUGGUAUCCAUCUCUUACUUUGGAAUGAACAUGUGUGUUUUUUUUUCUACUUGUUUAUUUCAAUGCUUAUGUAAUAAAAUAAAUAACUUAAAUAAUUUUUUUUAUUAUUUGUUUCGCUCUUUUUUAUUUAUUGAACAUGACAGAAAAAUCAGCAACAGAAGCUUCAAAUGAUUUCUGGUUGGAAUUCAAGUCAGAAAGACAAGUUAUUGAAGACCAAAUUUCUCAAUCAAGAACACUAUUAAAACCAGAACUAGCCAAUCACUUUAAUACCAUUUUACAAAAUAUAAAUAAUCUGGAAAAAAAAUUGACAAGGGCAACUGAUUUUAUUCCAUCUUAUGAUGAGCGACAAUUUUCUAUAGCAAAAUUGAAAGUGGAAACAAAAGAAGACACUCUAUUAUCCGAUGCUACUGUAUUAUUUAAAGAUAAAGAGAAUUCAAUAUUAUCAUUAGAUGAUGAUGUUAAUCAAACAAAAAGCAUAGAGGUUCUUUUAUCAAAUCUCAAAAAUUGCAUCAUCAUUUUAGGGAAAAAAGAUGUUCAGAUUUCAGCUAUACAUGUAAAAAAUGUCGAUCAUUGUGUUAUUUAUGGAGGCCUUAUACAAGGUUCUGUAUUGAUUUAUGGUCUCAAUUACUCGACUUUAUUUGUCGGCUGUCAUCAGCUUCGUAUACAUGAAGCCCAUCAUGUAGAUAUGAUGUUACAUGUUACUAGUCGACCUAUUAUAGAAGAUUCAGAUUCUAUUCAAGUUGGUUGUUGGAACGCCAAUGAAUCAAUUAAUUAUUUUGAUCAAAUCGAGGAUUUUAAUUGGCUUAAAAAGCAAGCAUCACCAAAUUGGAAAGUGAUGGAUAAAGAGAGACAAACAGUCCUCUUAAAGGAGUGUAUUCUUAAAAAUUCUUCAAAUCAAAGUAUUUCAAUUAAAAAGUUAAGCUUAUUACCUGCUUAACCAUAAUUCUCACGAUUUUAUGCAUAAUAAUAAUAAUAAAGAGGGGAUGACUUGUAAUAAAAUAGAAUGAAGCAUACUUGAGAAAUUUCCCAUUGGACUCGUUUCUUUUUCCUUCGUGGGAAAAAAGACGACCUUAGACAUGAUUCUUUAUAUAUUAUUCGACGGUAUUAUUAUGCGAUGGCAAAGUAAGUUGGCGGUAUUCUGUAUUUCUGUAGAUAUAUAAAAAGCACAAGUAAGAGAGUAAGAGUGAGAGAAAGGAAGA